AUUUUGUGAAUGUGCUCCAGACACGGUCUCGAAAGUGUUUAUUCAUCACAUAAAAAAGAGUUAUAGAUAAUUUAUAAUAAUUAGUAAAGUAAACAAUUAAAUAAAUAAAAUGCCGAUUGAAAAUUUAGAAGACGAUGGACUGGAGAAGAAUCCAAAUUUUGAAUUGGCUCAAACAAAAUUUUUGUUGAGUUUACCCGAACAUAAAAACGAUGAGAGUUUGAAGGCUAAGUUGAUGAAUGCUAUCAAAGCUGACAAUAUGGCCCCUUUUUAUGAAGAAGUCUGUCGUGAUCUUGAAUGGCCAGUAGACGAAGCACUUAUGGAAAAAAUGCGAACAUGUAAUCGUGAGCAAUUGAAAGUACUUGAUGAUGCUAUUGCUGAUGCUGAACAAAAUUUAGGCGAGAUGGAAGUACGUGAAGCGAAUUUAAAAAAAUCAGAGCAUUUAUGUCGCAUUGGUGACAAAGAAGGAUCUAUAUCAGCAUUCAGAAAGACGUACGAAAAAACAGUAUCACUUGGUCACAGACUUGAUAUUGUUUUCCACAACAUAAGAAUAGGAUUAUUUUACAUGGAUCACGAUCACAUCACUCGGAACAUCGACAAGGCAAAGGCUUUGAUAGACGAAGGAGGGGAUUGGGACAGACGGAACCGCCUCAAAGUUUAUCAAGGAACUUACUGUAUAGCAGUACGCGACUUCAAAGAAGCUGCUAAUUUUUUCCUCGAUACAAUAAGUACAUUUACUAGCUACGAACUAAUGGAUUACAAUACAUUUGUACGGUACACGGUAUACUUGUCAAUGAUUAGUCUACCGAGAAAUGAAUUGAGAGAUAAAAUCAUCAAAGGUUCCGAAAUAUUGGAAGUAUUGCACAAUAAUAUCGAUUGCAAAGAGUUUCUUUUUUCUUUAUACAACUGUCACUACGCAGAUUUCUUCAAAAAUCUUGCUCAAGUUGAAGGUUUGUUACGACGAGAUUACUUAAUCCAUCCUCAUUACCGUUAUUACGUACGAGAAAUGCGUAUAUUAGCGUACACACAGCUUCUAGAAUCAUAUAGAUCAUUGACAUUGCAGUACAUGGCUGAAGCAUUUGGUGUUACUGUUGAUUACGUCGAUCUGGAAUUAUCACGUUACAUCGCCGCAGGAAGAUUACACUGCAAAGUUGAUCGUGUUGGUGGAGUAGUCGAGACUAAUCGGCCUGACAGUAAAAAUUGGCAGUACCAAGCAAUGGUCAAACAAGGAGAUUUACUGCUUAAUAGAGUCCAGAAGUUAUCACGUGUUAUUAAUAUUUAAAUUAAUUUCAACUGCCUAUACUUAAUUUUUAAUUUUAAACUUCCGUAAGACCUUAUUUUUCUUUUUGUCUACAUUUAUUUUAUUUUUUUUUUUCAUCAAUCAGCAUCAUACUCCAAAAAAAUUAACAAAUAUAGCUAUUGUAAUUUUGUAAAGCAAUAUGAAUACAUAAUUUGAAAAAGUA